AUGGUAUUUGAAAAGAUAGAAGUGAGAAGUACACAAGCUUUGCUUACUUUGAACUCACCUAGUUUCUUGCGCCUCACGUUUUCUUUCCAGCAGCCCUUGAGAAACCAGGCUGAAAGGGGAGGUGCACCCCAUGGUGGGCCACCUGUGCCAGCAUUCUGCCCUGCAGGGUUGUGUCUUUGGCGAGCUGCCUUUCUUUUUGUACAGGCAAAAAUAGACCUCUUAUUAGUUGGAGACGUCACUGUUCAGUACCUGGCUGACACUGCACAGAAAUUCUUUUCGAAUACAGCAGAAGUCACCAUCACCAUCAGUGAUGUGAAGAAGGCAGCCGUGCUUCUGAAUGACUGCACCUUCAACAUGCUUUUCCUGAAGAUGACUUCUUUACCGACGGCCGAGGAACUGGAAACUGUCCGACUAAUUAGACUUGGCAAGAAGAAAAAUACACAUUUGCUGUUUGUUUUUAUAAUCCCUGAAAAUUUUAAAGGUUGUAUUUCAGGGCACGGAGCUGAUAUUACUUUAACUGAACCACUGACAAUGGAAAAAAUGAGUAUUGUGGUAAAAUACUGGAAAACAUAUUUCUCAAAUACUGUGAAGAAUGAAAAUUCUGUGAAGCCGGAAGAACUUGGAUUGUCCCUGCAGAAGUCCUGCAGCGAACACCUGGGAUAUUUUUCUACUGACCUCUUUGCGUGCUCUGAAUCUCUAAGAAAUGACUUUGGGCUUGAACUAAAGGCUCCAUUGUCAGAUUUUGAGAAAAGCAAAAAGAUUUCUCUUCUUCAUUCAAGCAAGGAAAAGCUGAGAAGAGAACGAAUCAAGUAUUGCUGUGAGCAGCUGCGGACUCUGCUGCCAUAUAUAAAGGGGAGAAAAAAUGAUGCCGCUUCGAUUCUUGAGGCAACAGUUGAUUACGUGAGGUAUAUCCGGGAGAAAAUCCCUCCAGACGUUAUGGGCCAGAUUACAGAAGCACUUCAGAGUGAUAGGCGGUUUUGUAAGAAACAAAUGCCUGUCCAGCUAUCCCUCCCAGGGACGAUCAUGGCACAAAGGGAAAACAGUGUGUUGGCAAGCACUUGCUCACCUGUGAGAGGGAUAAGAUUCCUGGCUAAUAAGUGCCUGAAUGUGUACUCUCUUCCUGCCUCGGGCAGCUCCUUGGAUGAAGCUGGGAGAGGCCAUUGCAGCGCCACUUCAGAGAAUGCUAUUGGUGAUGGAUAUAAAACUCGAAUUCCCAGCACAGCUCUCUCUCUUAAUGCCUUCCAUGCUGUCAGAUACUAUUCUAAAGUCAUCCCUGCCUGUGAUGCAGCUGCUGUAACAAAUCAGAACCUUUCAGUUCAUUUUCCAUCAGCCAUGCCCAGAGUCUCGAAGUUUCUUCCUCAGCACUGCAAUUCUGUGUUGGGCCAGACCUGCGCAACACAUCCCAACUGUCUGCAACAGUUUUGGGCAUAUUAAUAGCACAUGUUUGAAAUUCACAGUCUAGACCACCUAUUGGGCGCAGUUUGACAAUACAGGAAGAAUGGGACAAAGAAGGACCUUGAAAGCUAUACCCAGAGACGUAAUAUCAAAAGUGUUAGCAUUGUAUGGCUUGUGAUGAAUGUGCUCAAAGCUUCUGCAGAUAGAAAGACAAGCAGCAAAAAUGCCAGCCACAAGCUUUCACUUAUCUCCCUGCAUUCUUGGAUCUCCCCCGACCAGAAAGGUGCAAGAACAAAUGGCCUAGUGACCUAGAGUCUUUUGUUCCUCAAAAGAUAUUCCACAAUUUAUGAAGAAAAAAAGCACUAUAGAGAAGAUCCCUGCAGCCUUGAUAAAGUGAUAAGAUUGGGGAGGGGCAUUGAUACUCCAGUGUCACUGAGUACAGAUACUGCAACUUGAUUCUUAUUUUUAGUAUCACUGUGAACUCCUGUUACUUAUUUCCAGGUGGUGUCUUUUCUAGAGCUGACAUUUAAGAGAGCUUCCUUCGUUAUUCACCAUCCAAACUAAGUUAUCUUAGUUUGAGAGAGGUGUUUCCCUCCUCACUUGACUACUAAUGAAUAAAUUGAUGUGUUUGUUUUUGCAUUUCAUAAUCCCUUGCGUGAAAUGAUAGCUAACAGGUAAAUUUUUCCUUCUAGAUCUUAGACUAGCAAGUCUUUCUUUGUUUUUCAUCUCCUCUCUAUGGGUAUUAGAAAAGACUGUUGAAAAUAACAGAAGAAAAAUGUUUCUUUUAUAUUUCACUGAAAUGUUCUUAUGCAAUAUAAGUUUUAUUGUUAAAGAAAGUAUUCAGUUUUGACCCUGAAAAUGGUAAUUCAUUUUUGUUUUGGUUAAUAAAAUGUGUUCCCUCUUUUAGUAUUACUAUGUAGGGAAUUUAAUUUUACUAGAUUUUUGAGUUUAAAAAUUACUUUAGGCAUAGCCUAAUUUUCAUGUCCAAUUGUAAAACUUUUCUUUGAGGAUGCCAUGAUGAUGGAAUCUGUAGAUGUUUGACAAACUUUAUAAAGGAACUAGAAGUUUUCAGCUAA